UAACAAAACCACGUCUCUGCAGACUGAGCAGCUGGGAUGGCUGAAGAAGACCUAAAUGGCACCGGCACCCCCUUCUCUCUUUCUUUUUCAGGCAGCGGUUUUCUUGCACUUUACCAGAUAGGGGUGGUCCAGUCGCUCUUGGAAUUGGCACCUGAGAUACUAAAAUCAGCAUCCAAAGUUUAUGGAGCAUCAGCUGGGUCACUUAUAGCUGCAGCAGUGGUGUGUGAAUCUAGCCUAGAGGACCUAAAAGAAUCUUUCCAUGAAGCAGUGAGAGACGCCAGGAAAACGAUUCUCGGCCCUCUGUCUCCCGGGUGCAACACGCUCCGCACCAUACAGAAGGGAUUGUACAAGACGUUGCCAGAGAACUCUCACCAGGUGGCUUCGGGGAGGCUGCACAUUUCCCUUACCCGGGUGACGGACGGACAGAAUGUCAUGGUUUCCGAGUUCAGUUCGAAGGAGGAUCUGAUUCAGGCACUGAUCUGCAGCUGCUUUGUUCCUAUCUAUUGCGGUUUCAUCCCUCCCUCCUUCCGAGGUGUGCGCUACGUCGACGGAGGUUUCACUAACCUGCAACCAUGUUCUGACCUGGAGGCCGUGAUCACGGUGUCCCCAUUCACGGGCGAGCUGGACAUCUGUCCCCGGGACUGCCCGGCUAUCUUCUACUCUUUUCAGAUCUUUAACAGCAGCAUUCAGAUCUCAGUGGAAAACCUGUGCAGGAUUAGCUAUGCUCUCUUUCCACCUAGCUACCUGGUCCUGAAUGAGUUUUUUUCUCGAGGGUAUCAGGAUGCUGUCCUUUUCUUACACAGGAACAAUGCCUUUGGUAUAAAUUAUCCCGCCAACACGGUGACCUUCCGGUUUGCCAGUUUGCUCAGUAAAAAUGACUUGUCUCGAGCUAAUGAGGAGUCCUCAUGCCAGAACCCAGACACAGGAGGGCUGGAAUCCAACGGGCCAGCUCCCAGGGACCUGCCCCCGAAGCAGGCUGCUGCGGUGAGCGGGACACUCAAUGGAACAGACCAGAAAAUACAGCCGCAGCUGCCCCCGUGCCAGCACAAAGCUGCCCAGGAGAGGCAGAAGGCAUCUGGAUUGCUGGACUCGGUGGCUGAGAUAAUAUCACAGUGUCUUAUGUCAUAUAAGCUUCCUACAAAGAUGAUGUUUUCUCUUAGUAAGAGGAUAGAACAGCUCUGGGCCUUGUUGGACGAGAUGUGCUGGAUGGCACAACAGUUCAAAAGGACCGGGCGUUUGGUCAGAAACACUGCUGCUGGUUUGUCAAAUGGAGUGGUGUCAGAGAGGAGGCUGUCAUCACUGGGCAUGCUGCAGUAUUAACGCUCGGGUGACUCUGCAACUGUGCUGCUGAUUGAAUGGCUUAAGCAGCGAUGGCUGAAAUUAGGACUCAGUUCACACAUCACUAUUGCCUCUCUAAGGACAUGUUCUUUAAGGCAGAGGGGGCAAGCUUGAUUUCUAAUGCUGCCAAGAGCUUACCCCUUCUAUGAGAAGUAUUCAAGAAAAGGUUGUCACACUCAGCCUGUCCCGGUGCACCACUUUCCAAGGAGAGAUAUGUUCUGGUGAGAUGGAAAUCAAUGCAUCUUUAUAAUUAU